AUGUAUGUAGACGAUUUUAUUAGCAGUUUUCCAAAUGUUUCUGAAGCUAUAGUUACACACACUCAGUUAGUGAAUUUGUUUCAAAAAGGUGGUUUUAAAUUAACCAAAUGGAUGUCGAACUCGAACGAUCUACUAUCGACAAUCCCCGAACCCCUUCAAUUGGUCAAAACCAAACAAUUUGAUAAGUCAGUCUCCAAAGUGUUAGGAUUGCAAUGGGAAGAAAAAUGUGACAAUUUUAGUUUUGGGUUAGAAAUACCCUCAUCGACCCGUUGUACAAAAAGAAACAUGCUCUCACUUGUUGCUCGUAUGUUUGAUCCCUUGGGAUUCCUAUCUCCUAUAACCCUCUUGCUUAAAAUUUGGAUAAAGAAACUUUGGACUCUAAAGGUAGAUUGGGAUAGUACCGUACCAAAAGAAAUCGAAAUAGCAUGGGAAAAGUUUCAAAAUGAAUUUCAUGUCCUAUACAAAAUACAAAUUCCACGCCAUAUAGCAGUUACACCUAAUUCGUCGUUGUCUUUUGUAGGAUUUUCAGACGCAAGUGCUGCUGGAUACGCAGCCAUUGUUUAUUCCAGGGUUGUUAAUUGUACAGGUCAAGUUAAAGUUACUUUACUGUACUCUCAAUCUAAAGUAUCUCCAAUGUCUAAAAUAACUCUUCCUCGAUUAGAGCUUUGUGGAGCGCUUCUUCUCUCAAAGCUUCUUUCACAUGCUAUUGAAACUUAUUCUCCUAGACAUAAUAUUGAUAAAAUUUUUGCCUUAAGUGAUUCCAUGAUUGUAUUAAAUUGGAUAAAGUCCUCAGAGAAAAAUCUCAAAAUAUUUGUUCAAAAUAGAGUUGUUACAAUUCAUAAGAUGGUUCCGUCAGAGUAUUGGUUUUUUGUUCCUGGAAAGGAAAAUGUUGUUGAUUGCGCCUCUCGAGGUUUGUUUCCUUCUUCGUUAGUCAACCAUUCCACAUGGUUUACUGGUCCAAAUUGGUUACUGUUGGAGCCAGAAUAUUGGCCUAUUCAGUCUGUCAACGGACAGGAAAUUAUGAUUUGUGAUUCUGAAUAUAGAUCACAAACCUUCUUUGGUAAUGUCACUCGUGUAAUUUCUCCGCUGUAUACUCUUAUUGAAUAUUUUUCCAGUUGGUCGAAACUUUUAAAUUCCACAGUAUACGUAUUGAGAUUUCUUAGAAAAUUGUCUUUAAAUAAACGGAUAUCUCUAUUUGAUUUAAAAAUUGCAGAAAUUGAAUUAAUUCGAGCUGUCCAGCAAAAGCAUUUUUCUGAAGAAUAUAAAGCCCUUUCUCAAAAUCUCGUUGUAAAAUCUUCCAUACGUCGUUUGAAUCCAUUUAUUGAAAAUGGAAUAAUUAGAGUAGGUGGACGUUUGUCCAACUCCCAAUGUAGUUUUGAACAAAAACAUCCGAUUUUGUUGCCCAAAGCCGAUCCUUUAACCAUUUUGUUAAUAGAUUAUUUCCAUAAAUUGCAUUUACAUGCUGGAGCACUGAAAUCCAUAGCUAGUGAAGCUGCAACCAAUGAAAAUGAACGUGAUGAAAUAGAAAUAACUGAGAGAAACAUAGCGUCCGUAAUUGAAGAAGAUGAAAAACAUGUAACGACAGCUCUAUUCCAGUUCAAGAAGUUAACGAACCAGAAACCGAAACUAAGUUCGAAAUUCAAGUUAAAGAUAAAUUUAAUAUAUUUUUACGAAUUGGAUUACGAAAUACAAUUACUGAAGAAGUGGCGUAAAGUACAAAAUGUGGGGUUGAGUUCUGAGUAUAAGAACGGGAACUCAGAAAUAGGUAAAUGGCUGAAGCAUAUUUUUGGCCUAAUGUAUCUUCCUCCGAGCCAAGUUGGAGAUGGUUUUGUGGAAGAUUUUAUGCCUGAAAAACCAGAUGAUCAUUGA